GCAAUAUGGACACCAUUUGUUUGUGACUAAGCCUCAAAGACAUAGCCUCACAAGGCUCGGUGCACAAACUUCCUCAUGGGUUCUCCUAAGCAAAAAGAUGUUGAUCAUGAUCAACCACCUUUGCUAGAGCUUAGUGACCAACCACCACCAUCAUUGCCAUUGUCGUUUGCUGAUUCUUUCAGUGUGAAGCAUGAAGGAUCGAACGGUGAGCUUGAGCGAAUUCUCUCAGACAUGAGUGUUCCUUUGGCGCAGCGUUAUAGAUCUGCGACAUGGAUUGAGCUCAAGCUCUUGUUUUACCUUGCUGUUCCUGCUGUAAUAGUGUACCUCAUCAACUAUGUCAUGUCCAUGUCCACCCAAAUCUUUUCAGGCCACUUAGGAAACCUUGAGCUGGCUGCUGCUUCCCUUGGAAACACUGGCAUCCAAGUCUUCGCUUAUGGACUUAUGUUAGGCAUGGGGAGUGCAGUGGAAACACUAUGUGGACAAGCAUAUGGUGCAAAAAAGUUCGAGAUGCUAGGCAUAUACAUGCAAAGAUCAACUGUCCUUCUCUCACUAGCCGGUGUCGUUUUAACCGUAAUCUACAUCUUCUCCGAGCCCAUCUUGAUCUUCUUAGGAGAAUCUCCAAGAAUCGCAAAAGCAGCCGCACUCUUCGUCUACGGCCUCAUCCCUCAAAUCUUCGCCUACAGUUUAAACUUCCCGAUCCAAAAAUUCCUCCAAGCGCAGAGCAUAGUGGCUCCGAGCGCGUACAUCUCAGCAGCGACGCUGGUCCUGCACCUCAUCCUUAGCUACGUGGUGGUCUACGUGCUCGAGCUCGGGUUGCUAGGCGCGUCGCUAAUGUUGAGCGUGUCGUGGUGGAUCGUAGUGAUUGGGCAGUUUGUGUACAUUGUGAAGAGUGAGAGGUGCAGACACACAUGGAAAGGGUUCACGAUUCAAGCGUUUUCUGGGUUGCCGGAGUUUUUCAAGCUAUCUGCGGCGUCGGCAGUUAUGUUGUGCCUCGAGACGUGGUACUUUCAGAUCCUGGUUUUGCUUGCUGGGUUGCUUCCUCAUCCAGAGUUAGCUUUGGAUUCACUUUCUAUUUGUACCACGGUGUCGGGAUACGUAUUCAUGAUCUCAGUUGGAUUUAAUGCAGCGGCAAGUGUGAGAGUGAGCAAUGAGCUAGGGUCAAGAAAUCCAAAAUCAGCCUCAUUUUCAGUGGUGGUGGUGACAACGCUUUCUUUCAUAAUAUCAGUUAUCAUAGCACUCGUGGUGCUUGUGCUGCGAGAUGUGAUCAGCUAUGUCUUUACGGACGGUGAAGAGGUUGCAGCUGCAGUCUCAGACCUUUGCCCUCUCCUCGCUCUUGCCAUUGUCCUUAAUGGCAUUCAGCCUGUCUUAUCUGGGGUGGCUGUUGGAUGUGGAUGGCAAACUUUUGUGGCGUAUGUGAAUGUUGGUUGUUAUUAUGGAAUUGGCAUACCAUUUGGUGCAGUUCUGGGUUUCUACUUCAAAUUUGGUGCUAAGGGAAUAUGGUUGGGAAUGCUAGCUGGCACGGUUUUGCAGACAAUUAUUUUAGUGUGGGUCACAUUUCGAACGGAUUGGAAUAAAGAGAUUGAAGAGGCAACGAAGAGGCUGAAUAAAUGGGAGGAGUCGACUACAGAGCCACUUCUCAAGGAUGAAACAACUCCAAAUGUGGAAUAAAUUUUUGUCAUUACUUCAUAUAAUUUAGUCAACAGUUUGAUUGGUUGAAAUAUUUUUCUUAUAUUGUUCAUGUGCGUGGAAAGGACAAGAUCGAGGUGCUAAAUAGAUACAGUCAUACAGUAUGAAACAGCAUUGUAGCAGGCGAUAUAAUAGACCCACGGUUAUGCCCCAAGCUACUACACACCAGAAACAGCACCUACCAAAUCAAUAAAUAAAAUUUAAUUUUCAGACCAACAA